AUGGCACCAAAGAAAAACUACACGCCUCAUCAAAUGUGCCUUGCAAUGGAAGCUGUUAGAAAAGGGGACAGUUAUUCAGCUGCAGCUGAGAAAUAUGGUGUACCGAGAAUGACCUUAAGGAAUAAAGUAACGGGAAAGAGUCCUGCUGUCUGUCAUAUGGGUCCUCCUACAAUACUUUCUAUGAAUGAGGAAGCCAUAUUAAAAGAAUGGUUCUUUGCAAUGGCAGAACGACAUUGCCCGAUAGGAAAGGAACAGCUAUUAGAUUCUGUUCAACUAAUUACAAAAUCUGCUAAUAGAAAAAAUCCAUUUACGAAUGACAGACCAGGGAGGAAAUGGUUCGAUUUAUUUUUAAAAAGACAUCCAGAAAUAUCUGAGAGAGUUUCACAAAACUUAACCACAUCAAGAGAAUCUGUAAAAGAAGAACAUAUAGUCAAAUGGUUUGCAGACGUAGAGAAGUAUUUAGAAGAAAAUAAUCUUCCAGAAGUUUUGAAGGAUCCAACGCGGAUAUUUAAUACCGACGGAAGCGCGUUUUUCUUAAAUCCUAAACCUGACCGUGUUUUAGUUAAAAGAGGAGAAAAAAAUAUAUAUUCUACGUCAGGGAACGAAAAAGAAAACCUUACAGUUCUUUUGGCAGCCAAUGCAGCUGGACAGUUAGCACCACCAAUGAUAGUGUUCUCUUACGAACGCAUUCCCCGAGCUAUUGCCGAAAGUAUUCCUGAAAAUUGGGGCAUUGGCCGUUCAGAAAACGGCUGGAUGUGCGGGAGUACAUUCUACGAAUAUGUAACCAAUAUAUUAUAUCCCUGGUUGGUUCAAAACAAUACGAAGUUCCCCAUAAUCUUUUUUCUGGAUGGUCAUGCUUCCCAUUUGACUAAACAUUUGUCAGAUUUCUGCAGAGAGAAACAAAUUGAAGUUAUCGCUCUAUACCCAAACAGUACUCACUUGCUGCAACCCAUGGAUGUGUCGGUAUUUAGGCCACUGAAACUGUUUUGGCGACAGGAAACAAGAAAAUGGAAGACUGAAAAUUUGGGAGAGCAAGUGAAAAAAGAAAACUUUGCGCCAAUACUAAAACGUACAUUAGAAAGUAUAACUCCAGACUGCAUAAAAAAUGGGUUUCGAGUGGGAGGACUUUUUCCUUAUGGCCCAGACCUAGUAGACUUUACUAAGUUAAACAUCCAAAACAGAGCAUCGACAAAUAAAAGCGCCUGUGAUUCUACAAAAAACCAAGCUUUUUUAAGCCAACUCGAAGCAGAAAUCGUAAAGAUAUUUAAACGGUCUAAACUAGACACCUUUAACAAAUGUUUUUACUUACCUAUGUCAGAAUUAGCUGAUGUAUUGCCGACUGAAGAUUUGACAAUGUACACUAUCUGGGCCAAAUAUAAACAUUUGUGUGCAGUUACUGUUUCUGAAAGCAAUACAAAAGCUGAUGAUAGACCAGGUGUUGAGCAACAUACAACCCGAAUGAUAACUGUUUCUGAACAAACGACUUCUUCUGAAAUCGUGCCUCUGAUAUCUGUUCCUCCUGUGGAAUGCCACGAUGAUAAUUCUACGACAUCUGCAAGGUCUUCUGCAGAAACACUUCAAAAUAAAGAUGUUUUCGGGCCUACUAACAAUAGUAAGAUAGAAAGGGGCAGUGAAAAAUGUGGCACUAAGCAAAAUCAGGACCUGCUUUCUAAAUGCGCUAUUAGUGACUUAACUUCUGCGCAUAAAACUCCGACCAAAGUCACACCUUUGACAUCUUCUGCUAUUGCACCAGAACCGACACAAAAGAAACGUAAAAUAUCCAAAGAAAAAAUACCAUCAGCUAUUACAAGUAAGUCAUGGAGAGAAUUUUACGCAAAAAAAGAUGCAGAAAAAAAAGAAAAGGAAGAUAUCAAAGCAAAAAGAAAACAACUACGUAAAGAGAAGAAAGAGUUAAAAGAAAAAGCCAUAAUUGAAAAACAAAAGAAUACGAGUAGACGUAAAGAAAACAUGAAGAAACGCAGACAUGUCUCUAUCACUUCCAGUGAAUCGGAUGUUGUAAGUGAUGUGACAUAUGCGGAGACAGGAGGAAGUGAAAUAGACACAGCAGAUGAAUCUGAUGAAGAUCUAACACUUAUGGACUUGAAGCUAAAAAACACUAUGAAUGAAAAUGGCAAUAACAAUCAAAGGCAAUCAGAUAUUCAAGGCGACUCGAUUUCAUUCCGCUGUCCUUAG